GCAUGUCAAAAAAUAACGAAAUUUACGAGAAACCAGGUUUCUCCUAUUUCAUCACAACGCCCUGUGAAGCUUGGGAUGCGCUUGAGUAUCAUGAAGAAUGGCGUGCGUCUAAACUUCCAAUGAACAAGGCGAAGAUUACAACGUCACUUUACAAGCAACUUGACUGGUUCGAAAAUGAGGGAUCGGAAGAAGAAAAGAAAUCAGCAAAAAGGAUGUUGCAACAAUUUAAGGGAGCAUGGGGGACUACGGUUCCUGCCCAUAAUGGUUUAGGUACUGAUGGAUGCAUUUAUGAGUUUUGGACUAACGCGAUGGCUGAGAGACAUGCAAACUUAGAAGAGGCGAAGGUUACUACAAAAGUUCGUGGAUUACAGUCAGAGCAACGUUUAACAUUCGCUACUGUCGCAACAAAACAAAUGAAACAUUACGCACUAUCAACAACUCGCGACGAUCAUGUAAAGCAGGAAAUCAUCAACUCUUUAGUGGACCAUAAAUAUGAAAUUGAUGACGACUUUCACAGUGCAAGGACCUCAGGGAAUAAACGAAAAGAUGUUACGGAUGGGGAUGAUACAAGCUCAUUGUCUCUCACGAAAAAGGUUGCGGUCGAAACAAAUGUUGUAAAGAAAAACAAGAUCAAUGAACUUUUUGAUAACAUUAGAAAUCGAAAUAUAUAUGUUUUAUGCGAGCCGUUCAGACCAUUAUCAGAAACGGACGCGGAGGACCGGUUCGAGAUGAUAGCCAAAAACACUACUGUUGAGAUUGAUCUCCCUGAAGAUAUCAAGGAAUAUCUUCAUUGUUUGCUCAGCGGAGAUAUUAAAAAUGCAUUGUCGAAAAUAGAGAAACCACUUAACGAGGGCGCACGGCCAUUGAUGUUAUGGACGAGAGAAACAGCGACGAAAAAACUUGGUCCAACCAAACGGUCUAUCGAAUUUUGGAUCUAUUUUCGAUGUUUUUUUGGAAAUUUGACAUCAGGAAUUGCCCUUGGAGAAAUCGUAAAUGAGGCACACAAAGAUAGAGUUUAUAACAUAAAUGCUGAUCAAAAACCAUCAAAUUCAAGGAGAGGCGACAAGAACGAUGCUGUCUUGUAUCAGGACAAUAACGCUACAAUUAUAUAUGAACAGUCCUUUGGACCCACAGAAUUUGACACAACACAUCAUAUGGGAGAUAUAACGAAACUAGCACGUAACGGAGUGGAUGAUUUAAAUUAUCACUUCAAACAAUAUGAAAAAUCUUCCAUAACAACAGCGAAAAAAUUCAAAUCCGUCGGCAUCCAUGGUUAUAAAUAUUUCGUAGCAAUUUACCUCACGGACCUUAUUUGUAUGAAAACGUAUAGGAUAUAUGAAAUAUUUAAGUGUAAAAUCCCAACGUCAUAUACGGACCGAUGGUUUCUAGCUAAAAUUGCAAGGAUAGGCGUUUAUUUGGAGAUACACCUUACAGAACGACAGUUUUUGAAAGGGCAAAUGGGCAUGGAAGACGCAAUCAACGAUAAUGGUCCUAAUUGUGUAUGCAAUUGGAUGGCAAUACCGGAUAACACUCCAGAAGCAAAAAGAACAAAAUGA